AGAUCAAGCAGAGGCUUCUGCAGAUCUCCAUAGAUCACGGAUAAGGAACAGCAACACCAGCCAAGGCUCUUAACCACUCUGCAAGGAAGGAGAAAUAUGCCAUCACGAAGACCUCUUCUCAGCAAACACAGAGGUUGAAGUUUGCAUUGCAGUCACUGCUACAGAUGUGUGAAAUUUGCUGUGGCAUAGCUAUGUCUUAACUGAAGACAUCUUCAUUUUGAUGUCCCCUUCUGAAUGUGGUAGGAUAUCGCUAGUGAUAGCUAGGGAAAUAUUUGAUCAUGCAUCGUCUCCUGAGAUAGCUACACAGAAGGGAUAUUCUAGAAAAGUGAAGUUGGAAGAUCUCUGUGACCAAGAGAAGCAUAAACAUGUUGUGCUGGGGAAAUGCAUCUUUUGGACAGCUUGGAUUGGGUGGAAUUGAUGAAGAGAUUGUUUUAGAACCCAGAAAAAGUGACUUUUUUUUAAAUAAAAGGGUCAGAGAUGUAGGAUGUGGACUGAGACAUACUGUUUUUGUCCUCGAUGAUGGGACUGUUUAUACAUGUGGAUGCAAUGAUCUAGGACAGCUAGGGCAUGAAAAAGCCAGGAAAAGACCCGAGCAUGUUGGUGCACUGGAUGCCCAAAAUAUUGUAGCUGUAUCAUGUGGAGAAGCCCACACUCUUGCAUUAAAUGACAAGGGUCAGGUAUAUGCUUGGGGUCUGGCUACUGAUGGACAGCUUGGCUUGCCAGGAACAGAGGAAUGCAUCAGAGUGCCCAGAAAUAUUAAAAGCUUAUCAGAGAUCCAAAUCGUUCAAGUUGCUUGCGGUUAUUAUCACUCGUUAGCACUCUCAAAAGGAAGUGAAGUGUUUUCCUGGGGACAAAAUAAAUAUGGCCAGCUGGGCUUAGGUUACGAGUAUAAAAAACAAAGCUCACCACAUUUGAUUAAAUCUCUGCUGGGAAUCCCUUUUGCACAGAUUGCAGCAGGAGGAGCUCAUAGUUUUGUACUAACUCUUUCUGGAGCCAUUUUUGGAUGGGGACGCAACAAAUUUGGGCAGCUGGGUCUUAAUGAUGAUAAUGACAGAUAUGUUCCUACACUGCUAAAGUCACUGAGAAGUCAGAAGGUUGUUCAUAUAUGUUGUGGAGAAGAUCAUACUGCUGCCCUUACAAAGGAAGGUGGGGUUUUUACAUUUGGAGCUGGAGGCUAUGGUCAGUUGGGUCAUAACUCUACCAGCCAUGAGAUAAACCCAAGGAAAGUCUUUGAACUUAUGGGAAGUGUUGUGACACAAAUCACUUGUGGCAGGCAGCACACUACUGCGUUUGUUCCUUCAUCUGGAAGAAUUUAUUCUUUUGGACUUGGAGGUAAUGGGCAAUUAGGUACAGGAACAACCAGUAAUAGGAAAAGUCCCUUCACAGUAAAAGGAAACUGGCUUCCGUAUAGUACUCAAUGCCCGAUAAUCACAGACAGUGGGGAGUGUUACUGCGUAAAGAGAAUUUUCUCUGGUGGGGACCAAAGUUUUGCACACUACUUUUAUCCACAGAACAUGGUGCCACCAGAUGAUUUUAGGUAUCCUGACUUUUUGAAGCAGAUCUGGACUGUGAAUGAAACAUUUAUUCAAAGAUUGCUGACUUUCCCAUCUGGAAGACUUCCUGUAGAGAUAGCUAAUGAAAUUGAUGGAACAUUCUCCUCAGCUGGGUGCCUGAAUGGGAGCUUUUUGGCUUUGAGCAAUGAUGAUCAUUACAAAACCAGCACUAGAUUCUCAGGGGUUGAUAUGAAUGCUGCUAGACUACUAUUUCACAAACUCAUACAGCCUGACCAUGCUCAUAUAUCACAACAGGUGGCAGCUAGUUUGGAAAAGAACCUUAUUCCCAAAUUGACCAGUUCCUUACCGGAUGUUGAAGCUUUGAGGCUGUAUCUCACUCUACCAGAGUGCCCGCUGAUGAGUGAUGCAAAUAAUUUCACAACAUUAGCUAUUCCUUUUGGAACGGCUAUACUGAACCUAGAAAAAGCUCCUCUGAAAGUUCUUGAAAAUUGGUGGUCUGUACUUGAACCUCCAUUGUUCCUCAAGAUAGUGGAACUCUACAAGGAUGUUGUAGUCCACCUCUUGAAGUUGUGCAAGAUUGGCAUUCCAGCUUCUGAGAGAAGAAUACUUACCAAUUUUCUACUCACAGCUUUCAGAGUUCUGGAAAUACUGCAUAGAGUAAAUGAAAGAGGACAAGUUAUACAGUAUGACAGAUUUUACAUUCAUGAGAUACAAGAUUUGAUAGAUAUCAGAAAUGACUACGUCAACUGGGUCCAGCAGCAGGUAUUUGGAAUGGAUGUCAACCAUGGAUUAACUGAGUUAACAGAUAUUCCUGUUACAAUUUGCACAUACCCAUUUGUAUUUGAUGCCCAGGCAAAGACAACUCUCCUACAAACAGAUGCAGUCAUACAGAUGCAGAUGGCUGUUGAUCAGGCUCACAGGCAGAAUUUGUCUUCUCUCUUUCUGCCCGUAUUUGAAUCUGUCAACCCAUGCCUGAUAUUAAUGGUACGGAGAGACAAUAUUGUAGGAGAUGCUGUGGAAGUCCUAAGGAAAACAAAGAAUGUAGACUACAAGAAGCCACUCAAGGUUAUUUUUGUAGGGGAAGAAGCCGUUGAUGCUGGAGGUGUUCGCAAAGAAUUUUUUUUGCUCAUCAUGAGGGAGUUGCUAGAUCCCAAAUAUGGAAUGUUCAGGUACUAUGAAGAGUCCAGGCUGAUCUGGUUCUCUGAUAAGACCUUUGAAGACAGUGACUUGUUUCAUUUGAUUGGUGUUGUCUGUGGGCUAGCAAUAUAUAAUUUUACUAUUGUAGACCUUCAUUUCCCUUUGGCUUUGUACAAAAAGCUAUUGAAUAAGAAACCGUCCCUGGAUGACUUAAAAGAGUUGAUGCCAGAUGUUGGCAGGGGAAUGCAACAGUUACUGGACUAUCCAGAGGAUGACAUAGAAGAAGCAUUUUGUCUUAAUUUUACUAUCACUGUGGAAAAUUUUGGUACAACAGAAAUUAAAGAGCUUGUUCCUAAUGGUGCUGACAUUCCUGUAGUGAAACAAAAUAGGCAAGAUUUUGUAGAUGCAUAUGUGGAUUACAUCUUCAAUAAAUCUGUGGCUUCCUUAUUCAGUGCAUUCCAUGCAGGCUUCCACAAAGUAUGUGGAGGUAAAGUUCUUCAGCUCUUCCAGCCCAGUGAAUUGCAGGCAAUGGUGAUUGGGAACACAAAUUAUGAUUGGAAAGAAUUGGAGAAGAAUACAGAAUACAAAGGAGAAUACUGGGCAGAUCAUCCUACAAUUAAAAUAUUCUGGGAGGUUUUUCAUGAGUUGUCUUUGGAGAAGAAAAAACAGUUUUUGCUGUUUCUGACAGGCAGUGAUCGUAUUCCAAUUCUUGGAAUGAAGUGUCUUAAACUAGUCAUCCAACCAACAGGAGGUGGAGAAGGCUAUCUUCCAGUAGCUCACACUUGCUUUAAUCUUCUUGAUCUUCCAAAAUACACAGAUAAAGAAACCCUAAAAUCUAAGUUGAUCCAGGCUAUAGAUCACUACGAAGGUUUCAGUUUAGUAUAACUUCAGAAAUGAGAGUUCUGUGUAACGUGGGAUCAUUAAACUAACUUUCUGUGUCUUUCUUGUGGUGGUAAAUUCAGUGGAUUAAAUGAUGGAGUUGAUAAUAUAGCUGAUUAUUUGCGAAAACAUUCAGUGGUACGGAUAUUCAUGGGAGCCAAAAAGCAUUAACAAAAAUGAGGAACUGUCUUAACACAUACCUUCUUGUACAGAACCAUGUGGAUUUUGCCAUCUUACAAUAAAAACGAGAGUAUUGUGAAUGGG